UGACGGGCCAAUAUGGACUUUUCCGCGGAUGACGACGAGGCGCUCAAGCAGUACAUUCCGAGCCAGUUUGGAAAAAAGGAUGGCUCCGUCGACGUCGAGGCCCAGAUCGAACGCGCGCGCCGGAAAGUUGUCGAUGAGAACAAAGUGCAGAAAAAAGCGGGCGGAUCCGAUGACGAGAAGGACUCGGACGACGACGAUAGCGACAUGAGCGACGAAGAAGACGAGUACCCGGUGUCGCAUGAAUUGAUUAUCAAGACGCAUGAUCGCGCAGUCACGACCAUUGCCCUCGAUCCCUCUGGCACGCGGCUGGUGACCGGCAGCAACGACUGCACGCUCAAGUUGCACGACCUAAGUGCGCUCACUCCGAGUACGAUUCGCGCCUUCAAGACGGUAGACCCGUUCGCGACCAAACCCUCGCAGACGGCCGAGUCGCAUUCGAUACACCAGGUCCUAUUCGGCCCACACUCUGGAGGACAGUUCCUCUGCAUCACGGCGACAUCCCAGCCGAGGCUGUUCAGCAGAGAUGGAGAACUCGUGUCCGAGUUCGUCAAGGGCGACAUGUAUCUGAGAGACAAGCACAAUACAAAAGGACACACGGCAGAAGUCACGAGCGGCGCAUGGCACCCGACGAACCGCGAUCGCUUUGUUACAGCCGGAACGGACAGCACGGUGCGGAUAUGGGACGUGAACAAGAGGAUGAAACAGGAAGAGGUCAUCGUCUACAAGUCGAGGGCUGCGGGGAGCGCGGGCAUGACCAGGAUGACGGCCGUCGCUUGGGGCGCAGCAGGCGAAGGAGGAAGUAGUAUGCUCGUGUCCGCAGCGCUUGACGGCAGUCUGGUCAUGUGGGGUGGCGAGGGACCAUACCAUCGCCCUACAGCCGAAAUUAAGGAUGCACAUGCAAAGGACAGCUGGACGAGUGGAAUCGACAUCAGCGCAGACGGGAGAUUGGUUGUCACAAGGGGUGGCGACGACAGCAUCAAGCUAUGGGAUACGCGAAAGUUCAAGACGCCGCUGAACACGGCAUCACACCCUUCCACGUCGUCGCAGUUCCCCACGUCCAACAUCCAAUUCGCUCCCAACACGCAGAGCAUAAUCACAGGCUCUGAGACGGGUCAUUUGCACAUCUUGAACCCGGCGACGCUGCGCCCAGAGCUUGCUACGCCUGUUACGCCAGGCUCCCCUCUUAUUACCGUCAACUGGCACCCCAAGCUCAACCAGAUGAUUACCGGCUCCGCCAAUGGGCAAACCACGAUCCUCUUCAACCCCAAGCUCUCUAACGCCGGGGCUCUUACCAUCCUCAGCAAGAAACCCAAGAAGCGGCACGUUGACGACGACCCCUCCCUCACGGUAGACAUGGAUCCGCUGGGCAUGGCGGGCGAGGCCCACGACCCGUCGGGCAAUGCAGCAUCCUUCUCAGCCCGCCAUCCCACGAUUGGUCUCACAGCAUCGGGCAAGAGCCGGGAUCCCCGACGACCUCAUAUCCCUGCGACAACGCCCUUUGCCAAGUCUACGCCCGACCAGAAGUAUGUGAUGGAGCAGAUUGAGGGCAGCGACAUGAGAGACGAAGACCCCAGGGAAGCGCUGCUCAAGUACCAGCCGAAAGAGGGCGAGAGGGCCAUCUUCACGGGCGCAUGGGAGAAGACGCAGCCAGUGGGCAUCUACAAAGAGUACGAUAGCGAAGACGACGAGCGAGAUAGCAAAAGGGCCAAGCGAUGAGCAUAAUGAUAUGAGUAGCAUGGC